CAACAGCAAGAACAAGAACAAGGAGGAAGAACAACCUUUCUUCUUCUUCGUUGUUGUUGUUGUUGUUGUUUGCUUGUUGCCGCCAAUAUCCACGUGCCCAAACGGUAAUUUCAAAACCGUAUCGGUCAAUUAUAAACAUACGCUAACCGUAAUAACGGAACAUUCAAGGAAGAAAAAACCUUAACAAAUAAAAAGAGAAAGGAACAAGCAAUCACGAAGAGGAGGAGAGAAAAGAAAAAAAAUGAGGCUAUGGCAAAAGGCAACGGGGGCUAUCAAAGAUAGGAAAAGUAUAUGGACCGCUAAAUUGAUGCAUAACGGUCCAUAUCAAAAUCCAAUCUUUGAAGCGGUGGUCAUCAAGGCUACAAGCCAUGAUGAGCACUGCAUCGAUUGCAAGAACGUCCAGAGAGUCUUUCAAUGGCUCCGAACGUCCCCGUUGCACCUGAAACCCCUGCUCUUCGCCUUGUCCUUUCGAAUGGAGAAGACGAAGAACUGGGUGGUUGCCAUCAAGGGCCUCAUGCUCAUGCAUGGCGUCUUCUGCACCAACAUUGCUGCGGUGCAGAAGAUGGGAAGGUUACCCUUCGAUUUCUCAAACUUCUCCGAUGGAUACCUGCACCCUUCAAAAGCUUGGGGAUUCAACUCCUUCGUGCGUGCCUAUUUCAAUUACUUGGACCAAAGGUCAGCGUUUGUUUCCUCGGAAUUCAAGAGGGUGAGCAUGAAGAACAACAAGAAGGAUGGUCUUGAGGUUGAGGAGACGUUGAUGGAGGAGCUUAAAAUGUUGCAGAAUUUUCAAGCGCUGAUUGACUCGCUCCUUCACAUAAAGCCUCGGAACGAGAGCAUGAAGCAGAAUGCACUGAUCCUUGAAGCCAUGGAUUGCGUGAUAGUUGAGAUAUUCGACGUUUACAGCAAGUUCUGUAAGAGAAUGGCGAAUGUGUUGAUGAGAAUCUACGACGUUGGUGGGAGAGAAGAGGCUGCCGUGGCUCUCAAGGUUCUUCAGAAAGCGUCGUCCCAAGGCGAGGAUCUGUCUUGCUACUUCAAGUUCUGUAAGGUGAUUGGUGUCCUCAACGCCUCUCAGUGCCCCAAGAUUGAAAGAAUCUCCGAUGAAGACAUUGAGGAUCUUGAAAGAAUCAUAAGCAGCGGAGACAACAUGGCCAUUGUGCUGAGCGACAGUUGCAUGGAGAAAGAGUUGAAAACGGUGAUCACAGAGCAGUGGGAGGUGUUUGAUGAUGUUGAUGAUUAUUCUUCAUCAUGGCAAAACAAGAACCCUUUCUUGGAUUCAUCAUAUGACUACAGCCUCGUAUGUCAACCUCCUCCUCCACCUCAAGUUCUUCCUGAUCUAAUUAGUUUCUAGAGAGGAUAUCAUCAUCAUCAUAACCAAUUAAGCGUACCUGCUUAAAAUAAAUGUAAUGGCUCUCCCCCCAUUUUGAAAUUAGACCUUAUCCAUUACAUGCUAUGAAACACGUAUAUCUGUUUUAUCAAUCUCCGAUCCUCAUUUGCAGAGGAAUUUUUGAAUCCCACCUAUUCAGUUUAU